AUUUUUUUUUUCUCAUUUUUUGUUCUCUAGGAUUCUGGCGUCUUGGCAAUCCCCACAGUUCCUGGUCCUCCGCCAAAACUCUCCAUGGAGGCAGCUGCGCUAGAAGACUUCCGUGCUCGGGCAUUUUGCUUGCUUUCUAUUGCUGGCAUGUCCGGAUUCUGCCAGAUUAGUAUUCCACUUGGAAUGCACAAUAACCUUCCAGUGUCAGUUUCGCUGCUAGCAAAGCAGGGUGCGGACCAUUUUCUUCUUAGUAUUGCAACUGAGCUUUACGCCGCCCUAAAAGAACAGGCGAGCAUGGUGUGGGAAUCCGACAAUUCAACUGCUUAAAAACGUGCUCUGUUGCAGACUGUAAUAUUCGUAACAUCAUUUGUGUUCGCUGAAUACGCGUCAAAGGACUAAGAGGGAUACUGGAUUUUAGUUGGUGGAGAAGGCAAAACUGGCUUACAAGCUUUGUACCGAAAAAUGUUACUUCCCUAAGUAUGCCUUCCUUGUAUCAAUUGAAUAUGUACAGUAGUUUCUUCAUUCAUGUUUGCUGAUAUUUAGCCACCUCUUGUACUUUGUAAUAUUAUGAUGUGAAACUUCGUAGGUAUGCUGAGGGUGCAGCAACCAAACACCUGUAAUUUUAUGUGUACCAAAAAUUUUACUUAUUUAAGUAAAAAUAAUCUCUAUUACGGUUAUUAUUG